UUGCUGAUUUAGCCACAGAUCAAGUUCAAUCUCCGUCGCGGGAGAUGAUUUGGAGAAAAUAAUUUCACGCGCCGGAACGAAAUUCCUACAAAUGUCCGUCCCAAUCAUGAUUUUUUAUAAUAGAAGUGUAAAGGAAUCAACGAUAGAAAUCUAAGCUUUGCUCUUCGGUGGUCAUAGAUCGAUGUUUCUCAUCUCUUCCUCUCUAGCUCUUCCAUUGCAGAAAGAAGAAGAAUUCAGAAAUCCAUUAGAAAGUCUAAAUCUUAGACGACAUCCCACCGCAAUUUCACAAUCUGAAUGAAAGGUCUCUUAUGUUAGCAUGGAUAAAGAAUGGGUAUUUCUUGAUCGUAGAACUGAUCAAUAUAUGGCUGGAUUGCAAGCGUUUAUCGACAACUCCAUAUUAGUUGCUAGUUUUGAAGGUAAAAUCAAGUGUCCUUGCAUUGAAUGCUACAACUGUGGGUGGAAAGAACCAAAAGAGGUUGAAGAGCAUCUUAAAGUAGAUGGUAUGUGCCCGGAUUAUCUUCAAUCACGGUGGAAGUGGCACGGCGAGGUGUUGCCAAUGGGUAACAUGGGAGAGCUGCCUACAGGGGCUGCAGAUAUAACUACUAUGCUCCAUGAUGCCUUUGGUAUACAUGGUCUCAAUCCUGGUGACAAUGUUGAAGAAGAAGAUGCACGUCCUCAUAACUUGACCCCUGAUGCUGAGAAGUUCUAUCGUUUGAUUGAAGAGGGUAAAACAGAAUUAUACCCAGGUUGUGGAAAGACAAAACUUGAUUUCAUAUUGCAGCUGUAUCAACUCAAGACUAUAAAUUGUUGGACUGAUGUGUCUUUCACAGGUUUGUUGAACAUGUUAAAAGUAUGGUUUCCUGAAGCAAAUUUGCCUGCUAGUUUCUACCAAACUAAGAAACUCAUAACAGAUUUGGCAUUGCCUUAUGAAAAGAUAGAUGUAUGCCCUAAGGACUGUAUGUUAUUUUGGAAAGAUCAUGCUAAGGACGAAACGUGCAAAGUGUGUGGCAGCAAUCGCUACAAGUCCAAGAGUCGGUCUGGACAUACUAGAGUUGCAAAUAAGGUAUUACGAUAUUUUCCAUUAGGACCUCGACUUCAACGGCUUUACAUGUCAUGCCACACAGCUCAGAAUAUGGUGUGGCAUUCAGAAGAGAGGCAUGAUGAUGAAGUGCUUAGACAUCCUGCCGACUCGCCUGCCUGGAAACAUCUUGACACAAUGUAUCCAAAUUUUGCAUCAGAGGCACGUAAUGUUCGUCUUGGGUUAGCAAGUGAUGGAUUUAAUCCUUUUGGCAUGAUGAGUUUGUCCCAUAGCACGUGGCCAGUUGUGAUGUCAGUGUACAACCUUCCUCCAUGGCUUUGUAUGAAACAACCUUACUUGAUGCUUUCAUUGCUGAUACCUGGUCCAAAAGGUCCUGGAAAAGACAUAGAUGUAUUCCUUCAACCUUUAGUUGAUGAGUUGAAAACUUUGUGGAACCAAGGGAUACCCACUUAUGAUGCAUUCAAAAAAGAAACUUUUGACUUGCGUGCUGUGGUAUUGUGGACCAUCAACGACUUCCCAGCAUAUUCUAUGUUAUCUGGUUGGAGCACUAAAGGAAAAUUUGCAUGUCCACAAUGUGCAUUUGGUACCAAGUCCACUAGGCUAAGACAUGGCCGAAAAGAAUGCUACUUGGGACAUCGUCGGUGGCUUCCAAUGGCUCAUAAGUAUCGCAUGUUUAAGAAACCCUUUGACGGUAAUAUUGAGCUAGAACAACCACCAAUUCCUAUGACAGGUAUAGACUGUUUGGCUUCUUUACGUGGAUUGAAGUUUGAAUAUGGCAAGGGACAUAUAAAGAAGGGACUGAAACGACAAAGGGGGAAGGGGAAGAAAAAGUAUGCUGGCCCUUGGAAGAAGAAAAGCAUAUUUUAUGAUCUUCCAUAUUGGAAGGACCUCCUCUUGCGACACAAUCUCGAUGUAAUGCACAUUGAGAAAAAUGUCACUGAAAGUGUUCUAGGAACCUUAUUGGGUAUGGAUGGGAAAAACAAGGAUUCUCUAAAUGCACGAUUAGACUUGCAGGAACUCAAUUGUAAGCCAAAGUACCACCCAAAAUUAGUAGGAGGUCGUUUGAUGUAUGACCCUAUGCCUUUCACGUUGAAGCCUGCUGAAAAGUCAUUGAUUUGUGAAAUAUUAUCUAUUGCUUUGCUUCCAGAUGGGUUUUCUUCUAAUCUAGCAAGAUGUGUUAGAAAAGCGGAAAGGAAACUCAUAGGGCUAAAAAGUCAUGACUGCCAUAUCAUUAUGCAAUACUUACUUCCCCUAGCAAUUCGCCAUUCCCUGCCAAAAGAAGCCACACUAGUUUUGUUAGAGCUUAGCUCAUUCUUCAGAAAUUUGUGUACUAAAGUUGGAAGUAAAGAACAUUUUGAAGAUUUGAGUGGACGAAUUGCCAUGACAUUGUGCCAUUUAGAAAGGUUAAUGCCUCCAGCUUUUUUUGAUGUCAUGGUACACCUCACGAUCCACCUUGCUGAAGAAGCAAAGAUUGCUGGUCCUGUCCAAUAUAGGUGGAUGUACCCAAUUGAAAGGUAUUUGCAUACAUUGAAAAAGUAUGUGCGCAACAGAAAUAGACCCGAGGGCAGCAUUGCUGUAGCGUAUAUUAUUGAGGAAACACUUGGGUUCUGUUCAUUGUAUUUUGGUGAUGAAGUUGUGACCAAAAGAAAUAGACCAGGUCGUAAUGCUGAUGCAGCUGGCAGUGGAACUCGCCAUGGUCUGUCUAUAUUUGGUGGACAUGGACGAUCACUUGGCAGUAAACAACUUAUUGUUCUUAAGCACUUAGAGUGGGAACGGGCACAUCGAGCUGUUCUUUUUGGUUGUCCAGAGGUUGCUGAUUACAUCAGCCAACAUGAGAACCUAGUAAUGAAUAAUCCACUUCCACGUGAAACGACGAAGGCUGCGCAAGCACGAGCACAUAUGGAGUUUCCUGGAUGGUUUAGUACACAUAUUAAGUCUCAGAAAGAUGAUGGGGUUGAAAUACAUGAAGACUUGCAAGCAUUGGCUAGGGGUCCGAACCAUUGGAUCAGUCGUUGGUUGUCAUACAUUAUGAAUGGUUUUCGUUUCCAUGUAAAAUCAAAUGAUGUCGGAGGGAACACACAAAAUGACGGUGUUUUUGUGAGGGCAGUGGCAGAUACCUAUGCCACCUCUAGAGACCAUAAUCCGAGGGCAGCUCUUAAUGACUAUUAUGGAGUGGUGAAAGACAUAAUUGACUUAGAAUAUCACGGUGGGCGUAGAGUGGUGUUAUUCGACUGUGACUGGGUUGAUGGAAGGGUUAGAAAUCGGGGCAUAAAAACUGAUGAAUUUGGUUUUACAUUGGUUAACUUCAAGCACUUGCUUCCAGGGCCAGACACAUAUACCCUCGGCUUGAAUGCCAAUCAAUUAUUUUAUGUCAAGGAUCCAACUCAGCCCGACUGGCAUGUUGCAGUAAGAACAAGACCACGAGAUUUGUUUGAUAUGGGCAAUAUUAUGAAAGAUGACAAAGCUGCUCCUCAAAAUUUAGAACCUUUACUCGUUGUUGAUGAAGACGUCCAAGUAAGAGCCGAUAUGCAUGGGAUUUUGUUUGAAUGA